AUGAAUCUUGAAUUUUGUAGAGCUCUUUAUAAUUUCAAAAGUGAAUCUUCAAUAGAAUUGAGUCUAAAAUACAGUGAUAUUAUUGCAAUUCUGAAGAUAAUUAAUAAAGGUGGUGGUAGCUUGGAAGGUACUGAGAAUGUUGAGGAAUUGAAAAUAAAUUAA